AUGGCCCCGCCGUCGCGCUGCUUCGACACCAUUAACGGCGCGACCGACAAUGGCGCCGUCCCCGUGCCGGUGAUGGUAGACGCGCCGCAGUCCCCCAAAGUGCUGGACCCUGACGAAUUCCGGCGCCAAGGUCAUGAGGUUAUCGACUUCAUCGCCGACUACUACGGCCGCAUGGGCGACUAUCCCGUGCACCCCAGCGUCAAGCCCGGCUUCCUGCGCGACGUGCUCCCCACGGACGCGCCGUCCCGUCCGGAGCCUGACGCUUUCAGCUCGGCGCUGCAGGACGUCCGCGACCUCAUCCUCCCGGGCAUGACGCACUGGCAGAGCCCUCGCCACUUCGCGCACUUCCCCGCAUCGACCAGUACCGUCGGCGCCCUUGGAGAGGCGCUCACUGCCGGCAUCAACGUCGUCCCGUUUACUUGGGCCGCGUCGCCGGCCGCCACUGAGCUUGAGAUGGUGGUCGUCGACUGGCUCGGCAAAGCGCUGCACUUGCCGGAGAGCCUGCUGUUCGCCGGAGGUGGCGGGGGCACGCUUCUCGGCACCUCCUGCGAGGCCAUGCUCUCUGCCAUCGUCGCUGCAAGGGACAAGAAGCUCGAGGAGAUUGGCGGCAACAGGAUCGGCGACCUCGUCGUCUACUGCUCCGACCAGACCCACUUUGCCUUCAGUAAGGCUGCGCGGAUCGCCGGGAUCCAGCGUGACCACUGCCGCGAGAUACAAACGUGCCAUGAAAACAUGUUCGCGCUCUCGCCUAAGGUGCUCCAAGCCGCCAUUCAGGCUGACGUUGACGCCGGGCUGGUCCCACUGUUCCUGUGCGCGACAAUCGGGACCACCCAGACGACGGCCGUUGACCCUGUCGGCGAGCUCUGCGCUGUCGCGGCACCUCACCGCGUCUGGGUGCACGUCGACGCAGCCUAUGCCGGCUCCGCGCUGGUCUGCGAGGAGUUCCGCCACCUGAUCGAUGGCGUGGAGUCGGUGGACUCGUUCAGCAUGAACACUCACAAGUGGCUUCUGGCCAACAUCGACUGCUGCGCGAUGUGGGUGAAGAGGCCGUCGGCGCUCGUCGCCGCCCUCGGCACGGAGCCGGAGUACAUCCUCAAAGACGCCGCCGCCUCCACCAAGGAAGGGGAUGGCGUGUUGGACUACAAGGACUGGGGCAUCACCCUGACUCGCCGGUUCCGCGCCCUCAAGAUGUGGCUCGUCCUCCGCUGCUACGGCGUCGACGGCCUGAGUGACCACAUCCGCUCCGACCUGCGCAUGGCCAAGGCGUUCGAGACCAUGGUGAAGGCCGAUCCCAGGUUCGAGGUGGUGACGGACCGGAAGUUUGCAUUGGUUUGCUUCCGGCUACGGCCGCCGCCGCACAAGUUUGGAGGCGAGAAGACGGCCAACGACCUCAACCGCGCCCUCCUCGAGGAGAUCAAUGCCGUCCGCUCGGGUCCGUACAUGAGCUCCGCAAUGGUAGGUGGCAUGUACAUUCUUAGAUGUGCCAUCGGGAGCAAGCUCACACAGGACAGGCACGUCAAGGAUGCGUGGGAGGUAGUCCAGGAUCGGGCUUCAUCACUUCUUCUUAAAAUGGAAACCAUCUACAGCCUGCGUCAUUAA